AUGGCAUUGUGUAUUGUGAUGGAUCCUGCCACAAUUGCUAGGACCAGCACUCAUCAGAUUGGAAGUAGGGUGGCAUGGAGCAGAAAUUAUGCGGCGAAAGAGAUCAAGUUUGGCGUUGAUGCUCGUGCUUUGAUGCUUAAGGGUGUUGAAGAGCUUGCUGAGGCAGUUAAAGUAACCAUGGGUCCCAAGGGACGUAAUGUUGUGAUUGAGCAAAGUUUUGGUGCCCCUAAAGUGACUAAAGACGGAGUCACUGUUGCUAAGAGCAUUGAGUUCAAGGAUAAAGUCAAGAAUAUUGGUGCCAGUCUUGUAAAGCAGGUUGCAAAUGCUACCAAUGAUGUUGCUGGUGAUGGAACCACUUGUGCUACAGUUCUUACCCGGGCAAUAUUUGCGGAAGGGUGCAAAUCAGUUGCAGCUGGAAUGAAUGCAAUGGACUUGAGGCGAGGUAUAAAUAUGGCUGUUGAUGCUGUCGUAACAAGCUUGAAAAGCAGAGCACGGAUGAUUAGCACUUCAGAAGAAAUAGCUCAG